CCAAAAUUCAUUCAUUCACACACUCAAAGCUUAAUUAUUCACAUAUACGAUUCAUUCAUUCAAAUUCUUCAUGACAGUUAUCAAGAGAGAAAGAGAAACAAACAAUGAAAAAGAGAGCAUAGAUUAUUUGGCAAAUACCCUAAUGUUGCUCUCAAGUGCCAUAGAAUUGAAGAGUAGUGAGAAAUUCGAGUGUAAGACAUGUGGCCGCAAGUUCGCAUCUUUUCAAGCACUUGGUGGGCACAGAACCAGUCACAAGAGACAAAAGCAUAAUGGUGAUCAUGGUGAUGAACAACAACUCAAGUCAGAGCCCAAGAAACCCAAGAAGAUGCACGAGUGUUCAAUUUGUGGAAUGGGAUUCUCUUUGGGGCAGCAAUUAGGUGGCCACAUGAGAAAGCACAGAGAGAAUAAUAAUAAUAAAGGGUUUUCUUCUAAUCCUAUAAACCAUGCUGUUGUCAAAGUUCCGGUUUUGAAGAGAUCGAAUAGCAAGAGGGUUAUGUGUAUGGACUUGAACUUGACGCCAUUGGAGAAUGAUCUCAAGUUGUUGUUUGGAAACAAGGCACCACGAGUUGAUCUUUCUUUCUUGUGAUGUAUAGUUAGUUAGGACUUAGGACAGAUAUUUUCAUUCGUACUUUUUUUUCAAUUAUUUUUUCUGUAAAGAUUCAUUAUUGAUUUAUAUAUAUUAGAUGAUUGAUUCAUUAUCAA